UGAGUUUCAGUCAGGGCGUAAAUACCCAACGAGAGGGUGUAACCCAGAAGUUUUCGAAAAAUGGCCAGCUGGGUGAAGGUUACUGGAGUUUUGAGGAACUUUUUGACGAGAACUUCGUCGUACAGAACGCUACGUCGUGCCCUUGGAACUGGUAUUUUGGGGUCUCUCGCUGGAGGCGGACUGAUAUAUUAUCACCAUGAAUCGCUGAAGAGGUUGUUGCGCUUUACGGUUUAUGCCGACGAGGAAAAGGUGCUUCCAACAUCCCAGCAGUCUGCCAGACGGAUGCGCUUCAACCAGUUUGCCUCCUUGAUUUACGAUGAGGACAUCUACAUGACACCAAGGGAUUUCCUGUUCUCAGUCAUGCUGGAUAACGUUGACAGAAAAUUACAGAAGAGAGCUUUAAACAAAAAGGAUGUGGAUAAAAUGCUGGAUUUUGCCUCACGGGCCCAGGCAAGCAACAAUCUGUUCAGACACUUCGGAGAUGAGGGUCUGUUAUCCUACAUUGAGUACUUGUUCCUGUUGACCAUUCUGACGAAGCCAGACACCGGAUUUCAUAUUGCUUUUAAAAUGCUUGAUAUUGAUGGCAAUGAACAGGUGGAUAGAAAAGAGUUUAUGAAGCUCAACAAAAUCUUUGGGAAAAUAAAAGAGAGCAUGACCAAUGAAGGUGCCACAGACAUGAAACCUACAACAGAGAGGGAUGGUGUGAGUACUACACUGCAGGCCUUUUUUUUUGGCAAGAGUGGUGUAAAUAAGCUUCAGUACAAGGAAUUUUGCAGGUUCAUGGAGGACCUGCAGGCUGAAGUACAGGAGAUGGAGUUCUUGCAGUUCUCCAAAGGAAUGGACACCAUGAGGCGGGAGGAUUUUGCGGAGUGGCUGCUGCACUACACCAAUGAGGAAGCCAAUGAGGCCUACUGGGAGAACCUGAGGAAGAGGAUCCCUACAGGCCAGAGCAUUACAUUUGACGAGUUCAAAGAAUUCUGUCUCUUUGCCAACAACUUGGAAGACUUUGCCUUCUCUGUGAAAAUGAUAAAUGAAGCCAACCAACCUAUUGGAAUGGUCCAGUUUAAGCGUGCUGUGAAGAUUGCCACAGGGCAUGACCUCUCGGAGAAUGUGCUGGACACUGUGUUUAAGAUAUUUGAUCUAGACGGCGAUAACUGCUUGAGUCACAAAGAGUUUCUAGGAGUAAUGGAGGACCGAGUACUUCGUGGUUUGAAGGUGCAGCCUCAGCGUGGCCUCACAGGUUACUGGAAAUGUGUGAAGAGGGAGACACUAAAGGGAGCUCAAGAGGCGCUCCGGGAAACAGGAAGCCCUUUCUGAGGCACUACACCAUUGGAUUAAGUGUUCACUGGGUUGAUUUCACUGUAAAGCAUUGAUGGCAGACCAAUAGAUGCCAAUUAAUACAUUAUAUUUGCUGACAGAAUAUAAACUAGAUCCAAUUAGGGAUCCAAAUCAAUGAGCGAUUUAUUUUUAAGAAAAUAUUAAUACAUAAUUUAUGGGUGAGGUGUUUGUUUACAAUAUUUGACAGAUUCUUAUUCAAAGAAUGUGAUGCUUGGCACCAGUCUAUGCACACAAGGCAUGAGAAUGUAAGAUUUUUACAUUUAUUGAAUGUUUCUUGGCACUUAUUUCCCUCAUGCAUGUGGUUUACUUACUGUGGUAUUCUUUUUUUAUUGAAAUGUGAAUGUUCUUAACUACUGAGUCAUGACAAGUCACAGAAGUGAGACUAGUUAUGUUUGAAAUACCUAGAAGUCUUUCUUUCCCUCAACAUGUUGCUAAGUACAGAUGCACUCUUAUAGGUACCCUUCCAAAUUGUUUAUUUCAAAAUGUGUUUACAAUGACAAACGCUUUGUGUUAACUGUACAGCAUCCAAAAAAAUAAAUCCAAACUGAAACGAG